AUGGCUCUCUUAUGUCGGGUGUGCAACAUCUUUGACGUCAAGCUCAUGCAGAUAUUAGGCACAGCGUUCACCAAAGGGCUGGCUGACGAGGUCUGUGUCACAAGUCUCCAGCUCUGUGCCUGUCCAGCCAUCUCCCAGAGUUCAGAGAGGGGCCAUACCAGAGGUGUGGUGAGUGUGGACAUCAGUGUAUGGCAAGUGAGAAAUGAUCCCGGCCCCUGGAUGUUGUGGUUGUGUUUGUUGUCAGCCUUCGUGGAUUCCUGCCAGAACCCAAAAGGAGCAGAGUCUCUUUUCUGUGGAGACCUUUGGCUGGACUCCUUUGGCGAUCCCAGAGAAAUGCCAGAGGCUGGCUGGACCCACUUGUUCCCAGCUUUUGCCACAACCCUGACACAGAUUGAGCGAUCCCAGGGUUUCUCUCACAGUGCAUCAGGUGAAUUGUCUUCCACCUGCUCAUCCCCCAUAGCCUUGCUCUCACUCUAUGACAAACACGGGGUGCUAGUUCGAGAGUGGCUGGGCUUCUCCAGGAGUAAAACUCCAGCGCUGACACUACCUGCUGAGAUGACCCCCUUUUCCAAAUUGCCCUUGGUGCUGCUGCUGCUGCCUCCCAUCUUGAGUGUUACCAAAGCUCAGGUUAAUCCAGCUGUUUGCCGCUAUCCUUUGGGCACAUCAGGAGGCCACAUUCCAGAUGAAGACAUCACAGCUUCCAGUCAGUGGUCAGAAUCCACAGCUGCCAAAUAUGGAAGGCUGGACUCUGAAGAAGGGGAUGGAGCUUGGUGCCCAGAGAUACCAGUAGAACCUGACGAUCUGAAGGAGUUUCUACAGAUUGACCUACGCAAUCUACAUUUUAUUACCCUUGUGGGAACCCAGGGACGCCAUGCAGGGGGCCAUGGCAAUGAGUUUGCUCCUAUGUACAAGAUUAAUUAUAGCAGAGAUGGCACCCGCUGGAUCUCUUGGAGGAACAGGCACGGAAAACAGGUGCUGGAUGGAAAUAGCAACCCCUACGACAUUGUCCUAAAGGACCUGGAACCACCCAUUGUAGCCCGAUUCGUCCGCUUCAUCCCAGUCACUGACCACUCCAUGAAUGUCUGCAUGAGGGUGGAGCUCUACGGUUGUGUCUGGCUAGAUGGCUUGGUGUCUUACAAUGCUCCAGCUGGACAGCAAUUUUUACUCCCUGGAGGUUCCAUCAUUUACCUGAAUGAUUCUGUCUAUGAUGGAGCUGUUGGGUACAGCAUGACAGAAGGUCUGGGACAACUGACAGAUGGGGUCUCUGGCUUGGAUGACUUCACCCAGACCCAUGAGUACCACGUUUGGCCUGGCUAUGAUUAUGUGGGCUGGAGGAAUGAAAGCGCCACUAAUGGUUACAUCGAGAUUAUGUUUGAAUUUGACCGGAUUAGGAAUUUCACCACCAUGAAGGUUCACUGCAACAACAUGUUUGCUAAGGGGGUGAAGAUCUUUAAAGAGGUUCAUUGCUACUUCCGUUCGGAGUCCAAUGAAUGGGAGCCCAAUGCUGUCUCCUUCCUAUCAGUCCUGGAUGAUGUCAACCCCAGCGCUCGCUUUGUCACAGUGCCCCUUCUUCACCGAAUGGCCAGUGCCAUCAAGUGCCAGUUCCAUUUUGCUGAUACCUGGAUGAUGUUCAGUGAGAUCACCUUUCAGUCAGAUGCUGCAAUGUACAACAACUCUGGAGCUCUUCCCACCUCCUCAGUGGCACCUACCACUUAUGACCCAAUGCUCAAAGUGGAUGACAGCAACACUCGUAUCUUGAUUGGCUGCCUAGUGGCCAUCAUCUUCAUUCUUGUGGCCAUCAUUGUCAUCAUCCUCUGGAGACAGUUCUGGCAAAAAAUGCUAGAGAAGGCUUCCCGGAGGAUGCUAGAUGAUGAAAUGACUGUCAGCCUUUCCCUGCCUAGUGAAUCCAGCAUGUUCAACAAUAAUCAUUCUUCAUCACCCAGUGAGCAGGAGUCCAACUCCACUUAUGACCGCAUUUUCCCCCUUGGUCCUGACUACCAGGAGCCUUCCCGGCUCAUACGGAAACUCCCUGAAUUUGCUCCAGGAGAUGAGGAGGCAGGCUGCAGUGGUGUAGUGAAGCCAGUCCAGCCAAAUGGUCCCGAGGGUGUUCCCCACUAUGCAGAAGCUGACAUUGUGAACCUGCAAGGUGUAACAGGAGGCAAUACUUACUCAGUACCUGCAGUUACCAUGGAUCUGCUCUCUGGAAAAGAUGUGGCUGUGGAAGAAUUUCCCAGAAAACUCCUCACAUUCAAGGAGAAGCUGGGAGAAGGCCAGUUUGGAGAGGUUCAUCUCUGUGAAGUGGAGGGCAUGGAAAAAUUCAUGGACAAAGAUUUUGCCUUGGAUGUCAACACCAACCAGCCUGCUCUGGUGGCAGUGAAAAUGCUCCGAGCAGAUGCCAACAAGAAUGCCAGGAAUGAUUUUCUCAAGGAGAUAAAGAUCAUGUCCCGCCUAAAGGACCCAAACAUCAUCAGGCUAUUGGCGGUGUGCAUUGCAGAAGACCCCCUUUGUAUGAUCACUGAGUACAUGGAGAAUGGAGACCUCAACCAAUUCCUUUCCCGACAUGAACCCCAGAGCCCUCCCUCCAGUAAUGCACCUACUGUCAGUUAUAUAAACCUGAAGUUCAUGGCCACACAGAUAGCUUCAGGCAUGAAGUAUCUGUCCUCUCUAAAUUUUGUCCACCGAGACCUGGCCACACGAAAUUGCUUAGUGGGAAAGAAUUACACCAUCAAGAUAGCAGACUUUGGGAUGAGCAGGAACCUGUACAGUGGAGACUACUACAGGAUCCAAGGUCGGGCAGUGCUCCCUAUUCGUUGGAUGUCUUGGGAGAGUAUCUUAUUGGGCAAGUUCACCACAGCAAGUGAUGUGUGGGCCUUUGGGGUGACACUGUGGGAGACCUUCACUUUUUGCCAGGAGCAACCAUAUUCCCAGCUGUCAGAUGAGCAAGUCAUCGAGAAUACUGGAGAAUUCUUCCGAGACCAAGGGCGGCAGACAUACCUCCCACAGCCUGCAAUUUGUCCUGAUCCCGUUUAUAAGUUGAUGCUCAGCUGCUGGAGAAGAGACACCAAAAACCGUCCCUCAUUCCAAGAAAUCCACCUUCUACUUCUCCAGCAAGGAAAUGGAGAGGAAUGAUGGUAUCAACCCUGGAGCACCUCUGAUGGUCCCUGGCUCUCCCCUUAAAACCUACCACUUCUCCAAAUCUAAGCCACUUCACCUGGACUUCUAAUGGACCCUGGGAGGCAGAGGCUUCUUUGUUUUUCUCCUUUUUAUUUUUUAACAUUAAAGAACCCCCCCCCAAAAAAAAAGAAAAAAAGAAAGAAAAAAGUCUAGGUCAGAGGAAGUCUAAAAAAAGAAAUCUCAGCUGACAUACCAAAGUUGGAUGACAAAGGCUAGAAAAUUCAAAUAAUUUAUAAUGUUAAAUAUGCUUGUUUAUAAAUGUGCAAAUUCUGUGAUUUUUUUUCCUUCUGUGUUUCCCUUUUUAGGAAGCAUUUAACAAAUCAGAACAGAGAAAGACUUGAAGGAUACACGGGGUAUGCUGUGGGGGUAUGUUUAAGCUAAAGGGUUCAGAGAGGCACCAGAUUAUGGACUGAUCAUGAGUUUUGAGUUUUAAUGUGGUCUUUCUCAUUAACUCAUAAGCUAACCUGGAUCAGUAAUUGAAUAUUUCUUCACAAUAGUGUCAUAUGUAGGAAUGGUUCUGAUAGCAUAUUUGUAAACACACACAUACAUAUACACACAACAAUGAUGACAACGACAAUUACGAACCCAGGUCCUGUGGAGAUAGGAACUCUGCUCCCAUGUCUGACAGUGGAGGGUAGCAGCAUGGUAGAAAGAAUCCAAGAGAAAUAGGAAAGGUAAGAGGAUUUGCUAAAGAUGAAGCAUCCUUUGCAAAGAAAGGAGAUUAGGCAAUUGUAGGAAAAAAGGGGUA